AUGGCACCUAAGCAAGCGACCCUGGGGUAUGUGAAGCCGAAGCAGAGCACGCUCGGGAAGUUUUUUGGAGCAAAGGGCGCGCCACCCCGUCAGCAGACGAAGCUGUCUUUCAGCACCAAGGCGAAGAAGGAAGAGGCGAAGCAGGAAGAGGAUGUGAGCGCCAAGGAGAAUUCGGAUUCCGAGAAGGAUUCCAAGAAGCGGACGAGAUCAAUCGACUCGAAGUCGGCCACCAAGGCAACAACCGUGAAGAAGGAAGAGCUGGAGGACGAUAGCGACGGCCCCGUCACCAAGCGAGCACGACGAACCCGGAACAGAGUCGAGGAGGAAGACGAUGAUGACGAAGUUCAGGCUCCUGUCAAGGCAGAGAAGUCAGCCAGCCCUCCACCAAAAUCCAAAUCGCCAAAAAGGUCAACAUCCCCGAGGAGGUCGAAAUCACCAAAGAAGUCGAAGGCCAAGAAGGAGCCUGUAGUGGAGGAGACCGAAGAUGCUCCAAAGGACAAAGAAUCCACCGCAUCAGCUUCUGAGGCAGAGGAGGAAGCAGAUAUUGACGAUGACGAAAAGCCCGAGGUUGCUGCCAAGGCUCGAGAGAAGGUCCAGACAACGCUCAAGGCCAAGAGCAAGGAUCCUUAUCCCGAUUGGAAACCUGGCGCACCAGUGCCAUAUGCAGCGCUUUGCACAACCUUCUCUCUUGUCGAGUUGACAACCAAGCGACUGAUCAUCAUGGAGCAUUGCGCCCUGUUCCUGCGCCAAGUCAUGCGUCUCACCCCCGACGACCUCCUCCCCACCGUACUGCUCAUGAUCAACAAGCUUGCCCCUGACUACGCUGGCAUUGAGCUUGGCAUUGGCGAGUCGUUGAUUAUGAAGGCCAUUGGCGAGACAACUGGUCGAAGUCUCCAGGUCAUCAAGGCUGACCAGAAGGAGAUUGGCGAUCUUGGUCUUGUUGCAGUCAAGAGUCGAUCGACCCAACCCACCAUGUUUAAGCCCAAGGCUCUUACAAUUCGGGGAAUUCAUCAAGGCCUGAUGGCCAUUGCCACCAUUUCUGGCAAUGGUGCUCAAGGAAGAAAGGUGGAUGGCAUUAAGAAGUUGCUCUCGGCAGCUGAUGCACAUUCCUUGACAAAGAUUGAUGUCAACACCGACAAGGGUGGACCGAGUGAAGCCAAGUUCAUUAUUCGAUUCCUAGAGGGCAAGCUGAGACUUGGUCUUGCUGAGAGAUCCGUUCUGGUGUCACUCGCCCACGCUGUGGUGGCUCAUGAGGCCGACUCGCGGGGUAAACUGCCCACAACCACAGAUAUGGAGAAUGGAGAGUCCAUUCUCAAGACAGUCUACAGCGAGUUGCCAAGCUAUGAUGUUAUCAUCCCUGCCAUGCUAGAGCAUGGUAUCAUGAAGCUUCGAGAUAAUUGCAAGCUUCGCCCCGGUGUGCCGCUGAAGCCCAUGUUGGCCAAGCCUACAAAGGCGAUCACCGAGGUGUUGGAUCGAUUUGAGGGCCAGACAUUCACGUGCGAGUACAAGUACGACGGUGAGAGAGCACAGAUUCACUACGUGUCUAAGGACUCCCCCCAUCAACUGAGCCAGUCGACCCAAGAAGCAACUAAGCAGGUUGGUUCUGGAGUCGCCAGCAUCUUCUCGAGAAACUCAGAAGAUCUGUCGAAGAAGUAUCCUGACAUCCUCGCCAAGCUAAGCACCUGGGUCAAACCAGAUACCAAGAGCUUUGUGUUGGAUUGUGAGACUGUGGCGUGGGAUGUGGAUGAGAAGAAGGUGUUGCCCUUCCAGCAGCUGAUGACCCGCAAAAAGAAGGAUGUUAAAGUCGAGGAUGUCAAGAUAAAGGUCUGUGUGUUCGCCUUUGAUCUGCUCUAUCUCAAUGGCGAGGCGGUUGUCGAAAAGGCUCUCCGCGAGCGCCGAGAUCUCCUUGAGGCAGCCUUCACACCCGUGGAGGGUGAGUUCUCGUUCGCCACGCACAUGGAUGGCCAGGAGCUUGAUGAGAUUCAAGUCUUCCUUGACGAGAGCAUGAAGGCGUCGUGCGAGGGCCUCAUGGUCAAGAUGCUGGACGGCACAGAGAGUGGAUACGAGCCCAGCAAGCGAAGCCGAAACUGGCUCAAGAUCAAGAAGGACUACCUCUCCGGUGUGGGUGACUCCCUGGAUCUAGUCGUCCUAGGAGCCUACUAUGGCAAGGGCAAGAGAACAUCCGUUUACGGCGCGUUCCUCCUCGCGUGCUACAACCCCAACACGGAAAAAUACGAGACAGUUUGCAACAUCGGCACUGGCUUCUCGGAACAGGUCCUCGAGGACCUGCACAAGGAGCUCUCUGCCAUCACCAUUGACCGUCCCAAGCCCUUCUACUCUCACUCCUCGGGCGGCCAGCACCAACCUGAUGUCUGGUUCGAGCCCCGCUUCGUCUGGGAGGUGAAGACGGCCGAUCUGACCCUCAGCCCGCGUUACAAGGCCGGCGCUAAGGAGGGUGUCGACCCAGCUGGCGAAAAGGGCAUCAGUCUGCGUUUCCCUCGAUUCAUCCGAGUGCGUGACGACAAGAGCCCCGAUGCGGCGACGUCGAGCAGACAAGUCGCCGAGAUGUACCGCAACCAGGAGAGUGUGUCGAAGAACAAGGGCCCUUCCGUGGACGAUGACUUUGAGUACUAA